GCUCCACGCCACUGAAAACGCAAUGGCGCAGCGGACGAGCGACCUCAUCCUCGCGGCCGAGUCGUCGCUGGCCUUCCUCGCGCAGCUGCAGGAAGAAGAGGAGCGCCAUGAGGCCUCGACCGUCGAGGACGUGGACAUGACGUCGUAUGAGCCUGUAGCGACGCGGCCCGAAGCGAGCCGCGCGGCCAAGGCCGCCGCCCUCCUGGACGAGCUCGAGGCGGCGUCGGUCGAAAAGUCGGUCAAGAAGGGCAUGGCGCACGUCAAAGUCCAGUUCCCGGAUCGAUCGGUCGAAUAUGUGGACGUGGACGCGGCGACGACGACCAUCGGCCAUGUGCUCUACCUGGCAUGGGCCAAGCGCCAGAGCACGCCCAAGCCGUCGGACGCGCCGCGCUUUGUAGGUCUCUUUCAAGGCCAGGAGGUGCCGAGCGACUGGGUGCUCUUGGACUGCGGCCUUGCGCUCGAAGGAACGCUCCACUUGCAGCUCGCGUCGUCGUCGCGGUCGCCCAAGGCAAACAUGCGCUCGCACGACCAUGCAACGAUCUCGUCCAUCUCGAAUGCGUACACGACGCAGAGCAACGACAACGAUAACACGUACAGCAACCCGACGAUGCACCGAGCGACAUGGAUGGAGCAUUCGGUGCGUCCGGAAGAAGAGGCGUUUGCGACCGCGCUCGACCAGCUGUACACCAAGCUCGAGAUGGUCGAGGACCCGAACCAGCUCUGCCAGCAAGUGCUCUCGCAGUACGUCGAGAUUCUCCAAAACGAGAUCGAAGCCCGCGUCAAGGCCGGCGUCCCAUCCUCGUCCUCCUCGACGCCGGCGCCCUUCUCGCUGCAGCACGGCUUUUCCUUUCAAAAUAAACAGCCGGACCCGAGCGUGCUCCUCAACGAACUCAAGAACGAGCGCAACACGUGGCGGUUGCUCUACGAGCUUCGCGAGCUCAGCAUCCUAAAGAACGACGACCUCUGCGUCCUGCAGACCUCGUCGCAGCUGCCAUUGACGGCGUCGUCGACCGAGCUCGACGCGAUCGCGGCGCUCGAGAACCGCAACAAGCUCUACGCGCUUCAAAAGACUGUCCUCAAGUGGCUUGAAGCGGUCGCCGCCGAGAACGUGGAGGCGACGACCGAGAAGCGCCACAUGCAUGCGCGCACGCUCAAGCAGCUCCAGCGCCAGCGCCGCUCGAGCGUCGUCUGUGCCAUGGACCCCGACGGCCCGUUGCGCGAAGGCGACAGCUACGUCGACGACGACGACGCCGAAGACGAACUCGACUUGCUCACGAGUGUGUGGCGCCUCCUCCGCGCCGGCAAGCCGCGCGAGGCCGCGGACCUCUGCAUUCAGCUCGGCCAGCCGUGGCGCGCGGCCAGCCUCGCAGGCGGUGAAGUCAACGGCGCGUGCGAAGGCGACGACGGCGUCACGCGCUGGGGCAACCCGUACCGCAUGCUCUGGAAACAAAUGUGCUGGCAGCUGUCCGACGCCAAUGCCACGGCGUCUAUGGCCAAGACGACGAGCCUGCAGGCGCGGGAGCUCGAGCGUAUCGUGUACGCUGCUUUGUCUGGCAACGCCAACGUCCUGCUGUCAUCGCCGACCUGCGCGUGCUGGGAAGACCACGUGUGGGCGCUCACAAAAGCGGCGGUCGGCCACAUUGAAGACGACGCCAUCUCGCACCUUUUGGAGCUCAAGGCGCAGUCGACGUCGCUGGCGCUCGAGCUCAACACGGACCACAUGCGUCUCUACCGUUCAUUUCUGACGUCGACCAAGGCGAUCGGCGGGCGGUAUAUCUCGAGCAUGGACGCGCUCUUUGCCGAUGUCUCGGGCAGCGCGAAUGCGGUCGUGCGCGAGCAGGCGAUGCACCCGCACCGCCGCAUCCAGGCCAAGCUCGUCGCGUCGCGCGUCGACGUCAUCGUCCGCGACAUCCUCGCCGGCCUGGUCGACACGGAUGCCGAGCCGUUCUCGUGGGACCUUGGGCUCAAUGUGCCGUCGACGCACCGCGCGUCACCGCAAUUGCUGCGGUUUGGCGCGCACUUUGUCCUCUUUCUGCAGACGACCGGCGAAGUGUUUGACGUCAACGCCGGCCACAAGGUGCUGAAGGCGUACCUGCGGCACCUCGUGCAGCACAAGCACUUCAAGCUCGUCGCGCUCUACGCGUCGUCGCUUCCGGAAGACGCGCGCGGCGCUGUCUACGCGCAGUGCGUCACGAUGGUCCCGUCGCAUGCAUGCCUCGCGUCGAUCGCGCCGUUUUGCCCGCCACCGCUCUUUGCGCACGUGGCCAAGACCGCCGCCGAGGCGAGGAUGACGAUGCCAAACGCCUCGGACGCCAUGCGCAUCGGCGCGCUCGAGAUCCUCUGCUACGACGAGAGCCACCGCGCCGAAGCCGUGGUCCAAGCCAACCUGCUCGCUCGGCGCUUUGUGCUCGAGGACAAGCACUCGAGCUUGAAGCCAUUGCUUGCAGCCUUGCCUGUCGACACGCUCGCGCUUCUCGAUCAGGUUGAUUUUGGCGACCGCGCCGACGAGUUGCGCCGCACCGUUCGCGAGCACUUGGCGUGGAAGGCGUAUGUCGAGGCCACUGAGGCCUAUGAUGCGUGGCGGUCGCUGGUUGGCGCCCGGUGCGCCGUGCACUGCUUCUCGGAGGAAGAGGCCGAGGUCAAGACGUUGUUGUUUCGGGCGUCGGUCGCUCUUGCCGCGCUCACCGACGUGCUCCACUUUGAACACGGCUGGCUCCUGCACUCUGCGAUCGAUAACGCCGACGCUCUUCGCGCGCGCUGCCUCCCGUCGCUCGUGUUUUCCGCGCACCGCGUCCAAAUGGAGACGCUCGCAGCGAUCGAGCGGCUGCAGUUUUACCCGGCGGCGGCGAUUCCCACGAUGACGCGCCCGUUGGCGCGGGAUGCGCUGCAGCUGGCCGACGUCGUCGCGGACGAGCACUAUAGCGUCUACAAGGCAUUCUCGACGACCGAAAUGCGGCAUUUGCUCACGCUCUUGCAGCAAAGCGCGCUCGCCCACCUCUCUCCUUAAUUCUACUAACCCACUACCGACCUCCUUGCUUGCUUGAGUCUUGUGCGUAGCAUAUACGCAGCGCUAGGCGCACUCAAACUACUGGUUCUGAUAUCUCA